UUGAAAGAUUGUUUAAACCUGUCGGAGACGAAACAGAAUGAACUUGAUGACUUAACUAAUCCGGAGCACUUGUCAGCCAGUUGGUAGAUUAGGGUUUUAGUGUGAUUUUGGUGUGAAUCGACUGGGAAGUUGAGUGAAAAUGGCAUCGAUCUACCGCACCGCUGCUGUGAGCGCCGUGAGAUCAGCCGCAUCACGAUCCAUGGCAGUACUUACCAAACCACCGACUUCGAGAUUGGUCACUCCUAUCAUUUCCAGGCCGCUUUCAUCGGCCGUUGGAGCACUCGAUUCGCUGAGGCCUCUGCACAGCGCAGUUGCCUCUGCCCGUCUCAUAUCGAACAUAGCCGUCGAUUCUUCCUGCUGGAGCUGGCUCUCUCAAGGACGGGCUUUACCUUUAUGAUCAAGCUCCUGGCUUCAUGUUGAGAAACGUAUUUCUGUAGCCAACCAAUGAUUUUGAAAAGGAUACUUUCUUAAGCUCAGAGAAAACUUGAACUGUAUCAAGUAACUACUGCAACUAUAAUCUUCGUUUUUAUUUAGUUGUGGAUAUUUUAUCUUCUUGCGAUAAACCAAUUUUAAAAAUAUGAAAAAUCAAAUUUUCAAUGUGCCGCAUUCUUAGAAUCUAUGUUCUCAAUUAGAAUAUAC